AAAGACAAAGCAAUCCUUCCCCCCAAGCAAAAAUCCCCCCAAACAUUGUCUGCAGUGUUGUGUAACAAAAGUGAUAGUGUUAUGCAAGGGGGGGAAGAGUCAGAAAGUGAAAGGACUAUAAACAAAAGCCGGGAAAGGAAUGCCACCCUGUGAGCAGGCAGCUGAUGCUUUGUUUUGCUCAUAUACCAGUGACUUUUUGUGUGUGCGUGUGAACUUCUUGGAGAAAUGCCAAGGACAGGAGACUGGGACAGUGCCAGCUUCUGUAAAGUCUUCUUGAUGUCACUGAAAUGAGAGGAACACACCUGAAGUGUCUCACACGACUGUCUUCAGGGCAGAAACAUCGUGUGAAGUUUGCAAGUUGCCUGGGUUUGCUGUAAACUACCUACCGUAGCUAUAAUGACACCAGCCCUCAGAGAGGCAGCAACAAAAGGUCAUGGUAUCCACUUGUCACCUUCUUUGUCCUCUAGAGCUAUGGAGUCUGAUACAGCUUUGUGCAUGGAAAAUUCCAGAGCAGUGGAAGAGAAGAUAAAAGAGGACUCCAUCGCACAGAUUACUUGCUCAGUCCUGGGGUUCCCCACUGCUGACCCCAACCUCAGGAAUGAUAUCUUCAGUGUGCAGCGUUUUGGUUCUCCACCAUCCUCCAAGCGCUAUCAGUCUGUCUUGUUAAUGAGUACAAAUUCUGCAUUUAGCAACAAAACUGGUAAGCAAACGAAAGCGGGAGAGCCUGACUGCUCCAAGAUGAGAAAUUCAUUACAUAAUGGUGCUGACACAUCAUUUGGUCAGAUUAGUCAUUCAGAACCUGAGGAACAGGUCAAAGGGGAAACAUUUUCAGAGACCACAUCUCCGAAUUUGGCAGAAAUGCAGAGACUUUGGGAUUCAAAUGUAACUGAAUCCAGUAAUGCAGAAGAAAUGCAGCUUUUAAAUGGUAAAUGGUACAAGAAGAAUGGUUUUUUGGGUAGGGCUUUGGAAGUCUGCGCUGAAACAAUAAAAGGGGAUUUAUUACACCAGAUUCUUCACAGGCCUUCAGAAGGGAUUUUGAGCUGCACCCCGGAGGAGGUGUAUGCUCGCUUACUCCAGUGUGUCACUAAGCAACAAAUGGAAAUCAGUCGCGCCAAAAGAACUCAGAAACGUUUACAAAUGCUCCUGGCAAAGCAUGUUAUCAAACACUGUGAUCAGCAGCUGAAAUGCUUCGUGAAACAUCAGCUACAAAGAAUGAAGGUUUUCCAUGAGCCAACCAGAUUUUUGAGCGGUAGCUCCCUCAGGUGCACUGAAGGUUGGCCAGAAAACAACGCAACUACUUUGGAGAGUAGUGUGAGUACAGAUGUACAGAACGGAGUUAGCAUUGCACCAGGUGAAAUCCGGGGGUUUGCACUUUCCACUGGAGGGCUGCUGUCUCGCGUGGAGAAGGAUCUGGACUCUGAUGCAACAUGUAGCAGCUCAGAUGAAGAUGGUGAGGAACAGACUGUAAGAACAACUGUGGAAGCCAGCUAUACUUCUGAAUGGAAGUGGCUUGCAGACAGAGCUAGAAUUGGCAGCCGUUGGACAUGGCUUCAGGCCCAGAUUUCAGAACUAGAAUACAAAAUCCAACAACUAACUGACCUUCACAGGCAGAUACGUGCCACCAAGGGGAUGGUGAUCUUAGAAGAAUUCCCAUUUCCAAAAGACAUUUUGAAGAAGCAAACACAAUUGACAGACCAAGAAGCUUUAUUAAACGCUACAGGGAAUUCGCAAGCUGCCAUUGAAAGACAGGAUUCUUUGCCGGAGCAUGACUUUGAAAUGUCACCCAGCAGUCCUACCCUGCUUUUACGAAACAUAGAAAAACAGAGUGCGCAACUAAGUGAAAUCAUCAGCAGCCUAAUUGCUCCACUCAGUCUGUCUCCAGCUUCUUCAUCUCUUUCAUCCAAGACCUGUAAGCACAGACAGCUGGUGAAUGGCAUCUCCUUCAGAGCUUCAGACAACAGAGAGGUAUCGUCUUCGAGCAGCUGGUUGCUUGAUCAUCAGCACAUCAAGAAAAGAAGAAGAGACAGAACAAGACUAAGAUCUCUCUCUGUGGCUAACAUGAGCACAUCUGCCCGAACACGGCCGCUUCAUAGUUUCCAGAAGAGGAAACUCUACAGAAUGCACGGUGCCUGUUACUGGAAUCAGCAGACUUCGCCACCUAGAGAUGCCUCCUUUCCAUAUAAAACUCAGUUGCCGUGUAUGGUACCAGCCCCAGCUUUCAGCAGGAGUGAGUACAGGGCAGAAUCUAGAAUACUAGAUUAUGUGCAAGAGCUGGACUCUUCCUUCCAUCCGGUCUUAUCAUUCCCUUCAGAUAUUCCUCUUCACGUAUAUUUUGAAACAUUAUUAAGGAAGGAUGACAUCAAAGGAGAACCUGUUGAUACCUCAUCAUUGGGAGUGGAGUUUAAAGUAUCUCCAGACAAUGACUAUAAUCAACAUAAUGUUUCUGUCAAACAAUGGAGCAGUGCCUGUUUAUCUAAUUCCAAAUCUCCGUCAGUGUCAGGAACAUCUGACCAGCUGUCGGAAGGAAGAAAGAAAAGACAUCUAAGUGAGACAGCAGUAGGCGAACGUAACGCUAGGUUUGAGACAUUCUCCUUUCAACAUGCAGAACCAGAAUCCCAUAGCAGUUUUACUGCCGCGACCAAUGUCAAUGCGAUGUCUAGGCCCACUCACAGCACUUCAUCACAGCAUAACUCCAGGAGGAGGUUGAGAAGCGAGAGCUCCUAUGAUAUAGACAACAUUGUUAUUCCAAUGUCUCUGGUGGCACCAUCAAAGUUGGAGAAACUACAGUACAAAGAAAUCCUUACCCCAAGCUGGAGAGUUGUUGAAUUUCAACCUUUAGAAAGAUCUCAUACAGAUGAAGAAGAGAUAGAAGAUCUGUCAGAUGAAGUUUUUUCCUUACGUCAUACAAAGUAUGAGAAAAGAGAGCGAGCAAGGUGGUCGCUGUGGGAGCAGAGCCGCUGGCCCAGAAGGAACAGCAGGUCUUACAGCAAAAAUGCUGAUGGACGACACAGCCAAGAUUCAGUGCAGAAAGACCACCAUGGCAGCUCCUGUGCCUCGCUGCAUUGUGCUGCUGAACCUGUUCCUGACUUGACUUCGGAAGCCCACAGCUCUGUUUGUUCAGGGAUUGCACAACUCUGCAGGGAGAACCAGGAAGCAAAGUCUGGGCUGUGGGAACUUCGAGUUUUUCCACUAAAAGAUGAAGAGGUAGAAGCUUUACUGUGCCAAGAUCAAAUAACGAAUCAGACUGAAAUGUCAAGUGCGGCUUUUCCCAGCGACUCCCUCUGUACUUCAUGCACACCCAUUGGUUUGCUAGACAAUGGCCAUCCACCGAGAAAACAAUCUACCGAAGAGUCAGAAGACUGCGAAAAUGUUUGCCUGGGAAUCAACAAUACAAGAAAACAAAGGUGACAGGGAAUAAUGUGGUUCAUUAAGAAAGCCAAUUAAGGUGGAGAAAAGUGUAAGGUAAAAUCUCUCUUGUUCACACAGCAUAUGACAGCACAAUUCAAAACCUGUACGUUAGCUGCAUAUAAUAUAUUUUCUUUCUUGCUUUGCAACAGGCAGGAUAUAUCCCAAAGACAACACUUUCUUCUUCCUGAACCCCAAGAGAAAGUAAUUAUUUCAAGCUGGAAGUCUAAUAUUCCCAGUGUCGGGAGUGGGCGCACAUAAAUUGCUGGCACCAUUCACUUUCUGUUGUCAUAUUGCCACAUUUGUUAGUAAUCAUCCUUUUCUGUUUUGUUUGUUUUCAAAUGCAUUUCUGGUUCUAGUGGAUUCUGGUGCAGUGGAUAGGCUGUCUACCUUAACCAACAACUUCAACUGAACACAGAAAAACUACUUGAAAAAAUAGUGGGGAGAAGCAAUAGCCUCCAGUUAUUUUCCUGUGUGGCAGGCCCCUGGGGCAGAAAUCCGCCUCUAAAUGCGUGUGUGUAACCCAUGCGUGAGACAAGAGUCGGUGAGAACCGGAAGUUUCAAAGCAAGCGUUCUGGAAGCCUUGCAUCUAGCUUAAAAUCUGUACUCAGCUCUCGGUAGUGCCAGGGCAUGUUUCAUAUCGAUGUCCUCAAGCAAUAAGAUAGAAAUAGACCACUGCAUCUCAAUAGGCGAUGUAUCCGCUACUCAGAAAGUAACGUUUCUGCUUCGGUCGUGUGGGUAUAGAGAAAUGGAAGGAAGGAGGAGUCGAGUCCAAUCAGUGACACAGCUGUUUGAAUAUUGUGUUUUGGGUCAUCUUACUUCCUUAGUCCUUCAGUAGCUAACGAGGCUCAUAAUAUUUUGCUUUAAUAUGUUAAAGACAAAGUCUUGUUCAAAUCUCUGUACAGUGCCUUGUAAGAGUCUCGUAAGUAUGCCAACAUUUGGUGACUAGCUGAAAAGGAAAAGAUGAUUGAUGUCUAGAAGACCAAUAAAGAAAAAAGCCCCAAAGCUUUCCAUUGUGAUUCCAAAUAGAUUUUUUAAUUUCCCAGCGAGUUCACAGUGAGGAAACAAAAGCAAGUUGUUUAAACUUGCAUCUAAAUAGCGUAGUUUGGAAUGUAUCUGCAAUCUCAAGAGGUAUUAACACAGAUUAAACAUUGAAUGUAGGUAUAAUCCAUCAACGGGAAGUUUUUCUGUGUAGGACAGUUGAAGGCAAUUUUAUAGGAAUCUCUGGUUUUGUGCAAAAUUUUCUUCCACAUGUAAUAUCUGGAAUGGCACUGGACAGAUGACCCAGUUUUAGUGUCAAUUUUUUUUUGGUCAAAAUGACAGGAAUUAUACACUGGGCAUCUGAAAACAGUUCAGUAAAGUUUCAACACUACAACCUAUUGCUGCAUUGUAGUUUAUUGCACAUUCUGAUUAUUUUUUUAAACACUUUUUUAACACUGGUUUGUCUUAAACUUGAAUCUUGCCUCAAUGUCUGAUACAAUAAUCUUUGAUGCAAGGUUGGUUUUUUAAUUAAAAGUUAUUUCUAUA